AUGGCUGACCCGCCGCUCGUGGGCUUGGACCCCGCGUUUGACGGCGUGCUUCGUCGCGAUCCGCGGGACCCGACCCGAUGCGAGUACUUCCAGGACCGCAACAAGCGUUGGCCCUUCCACUGCGACGAUGACGGCUACGGAUUGCUCUCCAGGCUGCUCGUCGUCGCGACGCCCGUGGUGGCGGCGACGCAGGCCAAAAUCGAGUCGACUCACGGCCCAUCCGCGCACCAGAUCGUCACCGAGGGUCAGCAGAUAUACGCCAAGAAGCCCAACAUGGGCCAGGAGGACGUCACGUGGUCGCAGCGCGAGUACGGGCAUCUGGGUCUGCAGAAAGAGUACCUCAGGUACAAGUCCGUGCAGCGACUCACCGAGGCGUGGGCGUGCCUGCAGCGCGCCAGGAACGCCGGGGUGUUUGCGUCCUUGAGCGAGGGCCUUAACGACGGAGAUAGGCAGACGCUGCGGUGGGCAAGUUUGGGGGGCGGACCCGGGUUCGAACUGCUCGCCGUGCGUUGGUUCUUCGAGCGCCAUUACCCUUCGUACGACCUCGACCUCGUCUCGCUGGACCUGGAGGGCUCGUGGCGACCCUGCGCCGAGGGUCUGGGGCUGCGGUUCAACGAGUGGGACGUCAACGACGGCGACGGGCUCGAACGCGCCGCGGGGGGCCGCGUGGACUUUUCCAUCGCGUCCUACGUCCUCAAGAUGUACAUGGCCAAUGAGGGAUGCGCCGGGUGGCUCGGCGCUAAGCUCAACGCGCUUCACGAUCCGAUGCGCGCGGUGCUGGUGGUGUCGAGGGACGAGAACCUGGAAGCGGCGUGCCGGCUGAUGCGGGAGCACGGACGGGUCGUCGUGGUGCCGUUGAUGGAUCCGGCCGGGGGACGGGACGACAGGCAGCUCGCCUUUGUUCCCGCAGGGUUUAGGACACAAGCGGGCUCAAGCGUAAUAAGAGCCGGCGCCGAGGAGCGGCUGACGUUUCCCAACGUGCCCUACGAGGAGCACAAGAAGAGACGGACGCAAAGAGACGGCGUCCACAGGAGAGGCGGAGGAGGCGGGGGUGGAAGAAGAGGCGGGGGGGGCGGCGGCGGCGGCGGAGGAGGAGGCGGCGGGCACUGGAACAGCCGGGGAAACGGCGGCGGGGGAUGGAACCAGGCGGGCAGCCGCGGCGGUUUUAGCGGCGGAGGAUCGUUUAGCGGGGGAGGCGGCGACAGGGGGGAACGGUGGUGA